AUGGCUAUCCUCGUCAGGUUUGCGAUGCGCCUGUGUCCUUCGAAACUCGCAGGUGCUGGUAUUGCCAUUGUUGGAGUAGUACGCCACAACACAAAUAUGGCUGUCGCGAUUCCUGCGGCCGAGGGGCGUGGUGUCGCAUACUACGGUGACUUUCAAACCAACGAGAAGGUCUCCAUACAGGCUCAGGGGACCCUGCAAUCCAUGGCGGGUCUCACGACCGGCAUAUACAUCACUGUGUGUUUGUGCCUUAUCCUUCAGCGUCAACGAACGGGGGUCGAGACGUACGGUUUUCAACAUGACUGUAGAGCUCAUGCCCGUUUCAUUUCUGACAGUACAGAGAAUUUGAUCAGAACCUUAGUGGUCUACUCCAUCAACCGAGGAAUCUUCACUGCAGUGUUCCAACUAGCCCAAUUUUGUAAUAGAAGACUCAAUAUGCGGCGAAAGAUGCGGAGGCGCAUCAAGGUUUCCCAAAAUGAGACAACCUCACUCCCGCAAGUGGGGCGAUUCGUGCGUGAAGGCAACCCUAGAGGGUGGCGUGCAGGCAGUCCGUAA